AUGGAAGAGGAGCUGAAGUGCCCGGUGUGCGGCUCGCUGUUCCGGGAGCCCAUCAUCCUGCCCUGCUCCCACAACGUCUGCCUGCCCUGCGCCCGCACCAUCGCCGUGCAGACGCCCGAGCGCGAGCAGCACCUGCCCGCCUUGCUGCAGCCCCGAGCCCCAGCAGCGGCGGCAACCGCGGGGGCGGCGGGGCCCGGGCCGGCGGCGGGCUCGGAGGCUGAGUGCGCCGCGGGGGGCGGCGGCGGGGAGCACGCGGACAAGCUGAGCCUGCACAGCGAGAGCGACAGCGGCUACGGCUCCUACACCCCCAGCCUCAAGUCCCCCAACGGGGUGCGGGUGCUGCCGCUGGGGCCUGCCCCGGCCGGCUCCUCCUCGGCGGCUCUUCCCCGUGGGGCGGGCCCCAGCUCGUCCCUCACCUGCCCGCAAUGCCACCGCAGCGCCUCCCUGGACCCGCGCGGCCUCCGCGGCUUCCCGCGCAACCGGCUGCUGGAGGCCAUCGUGCAACGCUACCAGCAAGGCCGGGCCGCCGCCAAGUGCCAGCUCUGCGACCGCAGCCCGCCCGAGGCGGCCGCCGUGGCGUGCGAGCAGUGCGAGGUGCUGUACUGCGCCGCCUGCCAGCUCAAGUGCCACCCGACCCGGGGGCCCUUCGCCAAGCACCGCCUGUUGCCCCCGCCCAGCCUCCCGGGCGGGCCCGGCAAGGCGGCGGGGGGCGCCCGCAAGUUGCCCACCUGCGCCGAUCACGAGCUGGAGAACUACAGCAUGUACUGCGUGAGCUGCGGCACCCCCGUCUGCUACCAGUGCCUGGAGGAGGGCAAGCACGGCCAGCACGAGGUGAAAGCCCUAGGGGCUAUGUGGAAACAGCACAAGACACAGUUGUCUCAGGCUUUAAAUGGUGUUUCAGAUAAAGCAAAGGAAGCUAAAGAAUUUUUGGUUCAGCUGAAAAAUAUAUUGCAGCAGAUACAGGAGAAUGGGUUGGAUUAUGAAGCUUGUCUGGUUGCUCAGUGUGAUGCCCUGGUUGAUGCAUUAACUCGUCAAAAGGCAAAACUGCUCACAAAAGUUACCAAAGAGCGUGAGCACAAAUUAAAGGUUGUUUGGGACCAAAUAAAUCACUGUACUCUGAAGCUACGUCAGUCAACAGGGCUUAUGGAAUACUGUCUGGAAGUAAUCAAAGAAAAUGAUCCCUCUGGUUUUUUACAGAUUUCAGAUGCUUUAAUCAAACGUGUUCAGGUGUCUCAGGAACAGUGGGUCAAAGGAGCCUUGGAACCAAAAGUAUCAGCUGAAUUUGACCUGACUCUGGAUAGUGAACCUUUACUACAGUCAAUUCACCAGCUGGAUUUUAUUCAGAUGAAAUGUAGGGUGCCACCAGUCCCGUUACUGCAGCUGGAGAAGUGUUGUACCCGAAACAACAGUGUGACACUGGCCUGGAGGAUGCCACCCUUUACCCACAAUCCAGUGGAAGGGUAUAUCUUGGAACUUGAUGAUGGAGAUGGCGGCCAAUUCCGAGAAGUGUAUGUUGGCAAGGAGACCCUAUGCACAAUUGAUGGCCUUCAUUUCAACAGUACCUACAAUGCAAGAGUCAAAGCUUUUAAUUCAUCAGGAGUUGGCCCUUAUAGCAAGACAGUUGUUUUACAGACAUCUGACGUGGCCUGGUUCACCUUUGACCCCUCUUCAGCCCAUCGGGACAUAGUCCUAUCGAAUGACAACCAGACUGCCACUUGUAGUAGUUAUGACGAUCGUGUUGUUCUGGGCACAGCGGCCUUCUCCAAGGGAGUACAUUACUGGGAACUGCAUGUGGAUCGUUAUGAUAACCAUCCAGAUCCGGCUUUUGGAAUUGCCAGAAUUAAUGUGGUCAAGGACAUGAUGCUAGGAAAGGACGACAAGGCGUGGGCCAUGUAUGUUGACAACAACCGCAGCUGGUUCAUGCAUUGCAAUUCUCAUACAAGUCGGACAGAAGGGGGUGUUUCUAAAGGUGCCACUGUGGGCGUUCUCCUGGACCUAAACAAGCACAGCCUGACCUUUUACAUAAAUGGGCAGCAGCAAGGACCUCCAGCAUUUGAAAAUGUGGAGGGUGUCUUCAUGCCUGCAUUAAGCCUCAACCGAAAUGUACAGGUGACUCUGCACACAGGACUGGAGGUGCCACAGAGUGUAAGACAGCCAAAGCUGCCCAGUAACUAA